AUGAGCUAUAUCCACCCCUCAUGGAAUUAUCCGGGGCAUCAGGGCAUCCCAAUGGACCAGCAUAUGGCAUAUGACCCGUCCAUGGUCCCUCCUCCGAUGAUGCACCCUAUCGACGGCUAUAUGUACCCUCACCCACCAAUGGAGAUGAUCGACUACUACCACCAACCGAUUAUGGAUUACGACGAAUACACAGAAAAUUUGUCGCGACCACGGUUGACCAAGGAACAAGUCGAAACCCUGGAGGCCCAGUUCCAGGCUCACCCGAAACCCAGCAGCAAUGUUAAGCGUCAAUUGGCGGCUCAAACAAAUUUGAGUCUGCCUCGCGUUGCAAAUUGGUUUCAGAAUCGCCGCGCAAAGGCCAAGCAACAGAAACGCCAGGAGGAAUUUGAAAAGAUGACAAAGGCAAAGGCCGAGGCCGAGGAGGCUGCUCGCCGGAAAUCAGAGACUUUGGACCAAUUGUCUGGAUCCCGAAAGGGAUCAAUCGCCAAGGAGGAAUCGGAGAAGUGUGCUACUCCUAAGCAAACAACUACCUCCACAUCCAGUGGCCAUACCAAGACAGAUUCCACAUCCAGCCGUUCCAAGCACCACAAAACAAAGAGCGAGUCGGCAAGAGAAGCAACUUUCGCAUCUUUGCAGAGGGCGCUCAAUGCUGCCUGUGCUGCUCGGGAUCGAUUCGGUCGUCGAAUCAACCCCCGAAGCAAGAAUGAUCCUGUCACCGAAGAAGAAGGGGAGGAGGAAGAAGUGGCAGUGUCCCCUAGCUCGAUGCCACCACCAAAAACGGUCACUCCAGCUAAUGACCAUGGGAAUCUUGCCAACAUAAACUCUUCUUUUGCGGGCUGGUCUGGUAUGAAGGAAGAGCCAGCUUCGUGGGGAUCCGGCGAGCACAAUGAGAACAUGGCAUACACUACAGAGCAGCCCUCAUAUACCACUUACCACCAAUCAAUGGCAGAGAUGUCGAACCCUUCCCACUCUGUGCAGAACUUGGACGUGUACUCGAACCACCUGCCCCCUCACCGGGAAGAGUGGUCUGAGGACAGGGAAUCACGACACGACAACGUUGUCUACAGCAACAUGCAAUAUCCGAUGUCCAUGCAGGCGCCAGAUAUCUCAGUCACACGUCGUGAGUCGUCUGAUGCGCUCACUGCCUCAUUGGAUGGCAUUGGAAUCUGUACUACCGCCCAACCUGGGUUGUCUCAAUCUCUCGAUCGAGUGGAAGCAAGUUGCUGGAAGGAACCCGGCAAGGAGCUUGACCUCGCCGCACGACGCAAGCGCCCUCGCCCGGCUGCCAUUGGCACCUCCGGAACUCGUCCUUUGGCUAACUCGACCUCGAUGUCCUCGCUGUCACCUACCGCUCGUAUGCCUAGCUCCGGUAUCGGCAACUCGAUGAGACAAUCCAAGUCAACCCAGAGCCUCAACUCCCGGUAUGCCGGCGUGAGGAAGGCAUCAGCUGCCCAGCGGUCUCCUCUCAAUUUCACUUUUGCGGAUUCCGGGUCUAUCAAGAAGGCCGAGAAGAUGCUGCGACCCUCGGUCUCGACCAAUAGCCUAGCUCCACCGACUCCCCUGACUCCCCAAGACCUCCAACAUUUCAUGCCUGCCUCCCCCACGGAAAGCAACUACUGUUUGUCGGCCCAUUCGACAGCCCACUUCUUCCCUACCUCUCAGCCCAUGCAGGUCAACAUGGCAUCACCUCCUACCACGCCAAUGGAUAUUUACUCCCCCUUCCCUUAUCAAAAUGUGGCCCCGCCGAUGUCGGCUCCGGCUCAUGUUUCUUCCUUCCCUGAAUAUAUCUCAUGUGACUCGAUUCCCAUGCCAGCCCGCAGCUGGGCCGACACCGCUUCCAUCUCUUCGCCCGAGUACCCGGCUGGUCUCCAGGUGCCGCAUUCAACCACCGUCUCCCCCAUGGGCUAUAACGGGGCCACCGAUCACACCGGACAGGCUUUUGGCAUGGAAUCGGUCUCUGGCUCGCCGUCUUUGAUCUAUUCGAUUGAAGAUACCGACCUACCAGGCUCUGCCGAGCUUGCAGAGAGGAAGCGGACUGAAUUUAUGAUGCACGAAUUCCCAGAGCAUGAUGUCCGCUUUAGUGGCCAUCACUUGCCAUCGAUGCAGAAGCCAAAAGCCUACACGUUCGCGAACAACACGACGCCAAGUAAUUACCCUUCCUAA